UGAUAUUACUUAUAAAUAAUGUCAAAUUUUUUACAAAUCAUAUUAGAUAUAUAUAAGGGAAUAGGGAAUAAUGAAUUCUAAAAUGGACAACUUGUUUGGUACAUGUUGCUCUCAUUUUGCUCUACUGAAUCCACCUUUUAGAGUUAACAGCAGGGUUAGAGUUUGACCAUAAAUCCAGAGAAACAUCUACAGAUGCUCGUGUUUCCUUGACAGUUCCUCACAUGGUUGGCAGAGGACACAACAUUUUUCAUCUCUGAGACACAAAACUGGAUUAACUUGACUGAUACCAAAGCUCGAACCUGAUUGGCUACAUUUGUGGUAUUCUUUCCUGUAAUUGGCUGGAGUACAUGUCAAUCACUUCCUUUCCAACGCCCCAUUCCGUGAUGUGACGUUGUCCAGGAACAUGGCGCUUUGGAGGAGAGGUGUUUCAUGAUAGUCAGGUGUAUCGAUUAGGAUCAUUCAGUUAUGUUCAUUCAAACAGCUAACAGGUGAACACAGGCAGGAUGAUCGGUCGUGAGAGGUGAUCGCUCGUUUCGUCUCUUCGGACAAUGAGACGUUUUAUUCCGUCGCGGUGUUUGCUGUCGUCAGCUGAAACUGUUAGCACUGAUAUGCUAGCCUGAUAUGCUAGCUGGCUAACGUACAACAGAGCGAAGAUAUGCUUUUUAAUGUAGUCUACGCGGACUAUUAACUUAUUAUCAAUGUUUAAAACACUAGAUUUUAUAUCAAAACGACAAGUUAUAGCGUAGGACGACGAUUCCAAACAGCUAACGUCUGUUUAGCUUAGCUAGGAGGAUGAGGAGCCGCCAUGGAUGUGUUUGGUUGCUGGCCGGUGGGAUUUGGAUGUCGGUGUUAUUCUGUCUGUGCGAAGGUGCCCCUCUUCUGCAUUCCUACAAAUCAGGUGAGACACUUCAGGACAAUAGACAACUACUCAGCCUUUAUUUGUUUGUUUGUUUGUUUACUACAGCCUCAUGUCUGUCCAGGUGCUCGGCUAACAGAUGUUGCUGUCAGCUGAUAUUUGCAGCUAAAGCUAACAACACAACAACAGCCUGACUCCAUACCUGCUAUCAGACUCAUAUCGGUGUCCAAGACUUAUUCUGAAUGAGUUUAAAACUAUAUGUUGUUUAUUUGAAGUACGGUCUGACCGAUAUGGAUUUUUGGGGGCCGAUGCCGAUACCGAUUCCCGAUUAAUCGGCCGGUUUGUUAUUUUUUUAAUUAGGAUUUAAAAUUUUGUUAAUAUAAGUAAUAUUUGGGUUUCCCCUACAUGCACCACCAUGACAAAAAAAAAGGUUUUAUCUCACAUAGUUCUACCUCGGACUCGUACGUAACAGCAGUGUUUCCCCUACAUUCAUUCAAAUUACGUGCGCCGCUACUGAAAUUUCAUAUGAUCAUUAAUAUCAAUGCACCACUAAUGAUUCUACUCACACUGUGUAAGCACAACAACACACAAUGUUAUUUCUGACUUGUUGUGAGUCAUCAGGGAUUGCAUCAAAUCCUGUCGGACCCUCUUCCAUCAUCGUGAAAGGUAACAUUCAAGCUUAUACACGGUCUAUACAGCGAGUAGCAUUAAUAGCGUAAGUAGCAUUAUUAUCAAUGCGCCACUAAUGAUUCCCCUGCAUUGUGUGAGCAUUACAACAACAAGGUUAUUUCCGACUUGUUGUGAUUCAUCAAGGAGCGCAUCAAAUCCUACCGGACCCUCUUCCACUAAUGUGAAGGGUAAAGUUUAAUCUUAUACACGGUCUGUAUAGCGAGUAGCAUGGGUAACGUAACGUGAAUGUAACAGUGGCAAGAGAGUGUGUUAAAACCGUGGCUUCAAAACGAGGUACAAGAGGGUCCAGCUCGCUGAGAGGGGUCUCCUGGGCCCCACUGGAGCCAAAGAUGAUUAAUUCUGUUUUCUUUUCAUUAAAAUGUAAAAAGCUCAAGGCCAUGCACUCUUUUAUGUCUUUAAAACAAUCCAGCAGCCGUACUGUCAAUCUUUCACCUACUGUAUGAAAGCGAGCAUAAUUUAAUUCUUACCCAUCACCUAGAAAACUCAGCUCAAAGCAUCACAUUUUCCAUCCACUGCAGCUCAUAAAAACUCAUCUACAGAGUAAAGUUUAAUUGUCUGUAAAAUUUAACACAAAUCAAUCAGUCUCUAGGAAGCAGUGGUAUGACUUAGUUAAUGUAUAACAGCCUCUUUAGAGGGCAGGUAGUCAGGUGUUCACCUUUCAGAGGGUUGGUCAGGUCAUGGACUUUUAACUGUGGAACAUUCUAGUGGAUGAAGGCCUACCAGCAUGGAAACGCUGUGUCUUAUUGUUGUCUAGUCCCUCUUAUGUAAUGUACAGCUGCGUCACAGGUGUGAUCAGAUAUAUACUUCAUUCAAACCUAAUCUCCUUAUGAUAAUAGAACAGAAACCUCAGCACACUAUUAGACUCUGGCAGUUUUGCUUCAGGUUUUAAUUUAAAAUGUUGGUGUAACUACGAACCUGUAAAAACUGACCAAAUAACUUUAAACAUAGUUACAUAAUCGGGAGCAAUAAUGAGGUUUAAAUUAGUUGUUGACAGGUCGAUGAACACCAGCAUUUACGCGUUACUUCAUGUCACCACAUUGUAAAUAAAAUACGUAUUCCAAGAGAUCAUUCAAUACCACAUUCCCUGAUGGGUACUGGUCUUGACUGUGAGGCAUAAAGCCAAAAGACCACCUCCAUAGGUGCUGACAUAUUGCACUGGCACUGCCAAGGCAUGCCCAAAGCUGGUUGAGUUGCAGGAGUGACGUCAGCCCCUCUCCUUGAAUUGAGACAUGCUUUAUAUUUACAUUGAACACUGAAGAUCCAGAUUCCACUCCUGUGGAAAUGGAAAGCUCAGUGACUCUCGUGUUAAUGUUUGUGAAGUUUUCUCUUGUCUUUUCCCCUCUGAAUGCUGCAGGAACCAUAUGAGUCUAUAAGCCCAUCUCUAUAACAAAAAUAACAUCUUUACAGCCUGGUACAAAACUCAGUUUUGGUCAGAGUAGCUCACUCCUUCAUCUGCACACUCUGUACUGGCGCUGUACUAAAUUUUGUAUGACUCAUUAAUCCUGAAGAUAUUAAGGUUAAGAGUUUUGCUCGACGAGGGGCAUGGGGAACUUGACUGACAGGCAGGUACAGUGCAGCAGCUAACAAUGAGGCCCAAACACCCACUUCAGCUUUACCUCUGUGUGGGGCUGGGCGAUAAAACGAUAAUCAUAUCGAACAUAAAUUUUCCUCAAUAUCAGUAUAAAACAGGGGUGGGCAAUUAAUUUUUACAUGGGUCCACAUGAGAAACCUGAACUGUGUUGGAGGGCCGAACCAACAAUAACAUCAACAUCAAAUCGGGAGGGUUCACACAGACAGAAAAGCAAACCCAAAUAAGCUUAAAGUAUUUCAUAAUAAGCGGACUGGGCAACUAUAAGGUGUCUACGUAUAUUUUGCCGAUGUUUAAACUUGUCUCUGUUCAAGAAUGCAGAUCUAGGAUGUACACACGUGCGUCCAAACGGAAAUAAAAUAACGGCUAGUUUUUCAAAAUCAAAGCAAUACACUUUUAUUUGAUUGACGGCCGGGCAGGGACAUCCAAAGGGCUCGAUUUGGCCCCUGGGCCAUAAAAUGCCCAGGUCUAGUAUAAAACAUGGUCAGUAUCCUUUUUGAUAGUUGGCAUUCUGCCAUGUUUUGGUAGACUAUACCAAUAGCUAAUGAAAAGGGGAGUUGCUCCGGGUCUGCGCCGCACUGAACCAAUCAUGUGCUGAAUUAGAACCAAGUAGCAAACAACUGCGUAGGAGCAGGCUGCAGCUACACGCAACCAUAGCAAUUUAACCACGACACCGUCAACAACACUGGCACGAAAACCUCUAGUGUGGGAGUAUUUUGUUUUUUUGAGGUCGGACAUGAAGUACAGUGAUGUGCACUACAAAUUAUGUCAAGUACAUGUCCUCCCAAAGUCGGGGAAUACCUCAAAUCUUUUUCACCACCAGAAGCAACACCAUGCGGCAGAACACGCGUAAUGCUAAAGGUUACAAACCCCGAGUGGAGCAAGGAGCUCAUGAUGCCUGUGCAGCCGAAACAGCCGACCAUUCAGUCCGCUUUCUCUAGCACAGUGCCUUACGACAAAACGUCAAAGAGACACAGAGACCUCACAGAUGCAGGAGAUUGUAUUGAAAAAGACAUGCUACCAAUAAGAACUGUUAAAUUUCAUUUUUUAUAUUGUGAUAUAUCUCGAUAUCGACUGAUAUGAAAAAAAUAUAUCGUGAUAAACUUUUUCCUCUGUGCCUCUUGCUUGGUCGAAAAACUAAGAUACCUGACCCUGUGAGUGAAUGCCACAUAUCCACUCAAAGACAAGGAAGUGAAUUCAGUGUUUUUGCAGUGUUGGGUCUGUGUGACCUCCUGAUCCAAAACCUGUUUCCUUCUACAAUACAGGUAGAUGUGACUGUGCUGUAGUAACAGAGGUAAUGUGUAACUGUAACACAUUCCAGGCUUAUCAGCUCAGGUCAAUGAUUGGCGAUCAUAUCAUUUUCUUAAUCAUUAACUCACAUCCAGGAAACUCAUAUCGCAGUAUUGACUUACUUUUUAUGCUUUUAUGACACAGCAGCCUGUUCUUUGCCACAGAUGUAGAGCAGUGAGUUUAACUCUUUUUAAAGGGUUUAGUUUCGCCUUUGCAUGAGGGUUCGAUCACACCUAAUGAAGGUAUUACCUGGAAAGUCAGUCGCAGGACCGGUCCUAGAGUGGCAUGUGGUCUGUGUACGCAUAUCAAACCUAAAGAGACGUGUUCAGUUGAGUAAGAGCUCAGGUGAUAGUGGCACGUCUAGCCUGUAAAUCAAGGUGGACGUUGACCUUGACCUUUCACUGCAUCGCUCAGUGAUUGAGUGACAAACACCCGAGGCUGUGGGGAAUUCUGCUCCAGCACGACACUCAUGUCUUAUGUUAUCCUCACGGGGUUUGAGUCCAGCCAGUAAAGUUCCUUCACAUAUUUUGCUCAUCUUUACACCAGACUGCAGUGAAAUAUGUUGAAAAAUGAGGGAAUGAUUUUCUGCAGAUAAUGUGUCUGUACCAAGGACAGCUGUGAGCACAAAUCUCGGAGGUCUUGAUUUGAUCGAUGAGGCUUCAAUCUUAGCAGACAGACAAAUCUUAGCUGAACACAAACAUGUCAUCCAGACAAUGCCAUCCUUCAUCCUGUUUGCAGCUGAAAGUACAGACGCUCACUGUUCUGCACUCUGGUGGGUAAAGUCUGCAGAAAUGGGUCAGCUUCCCCCUCUGCGUGAAUGCCUGCUAAAAUAUGCAGUGGAACUGAAAUAAGACCUGGCAGCUCCCUGCCGUAUUGGUCCCAAAAACCAGUUGAGUCAUUUGGUGGGGCCUGCCAAGUCAUAAUAUGAACCCAUGACUCAGUUAAAGCCUAACUGAGGAGAACUGAUCCCAUGCAGAGCUGCCGUGACCCAGCUCCUGUUUUUGAAUAUCUGACGUGUGCUGCAGCAGAUCUCUGUGGGAGUCCAGCUUCGCCUGAACAUACGGAUCAUGUUUGAAUCAAAAUCUCUGCUCCUGAUUACUGCUGAUUUUUUUUAUAUUUAAAGGACUGUGGAGAAGGUUUAACAUUUUAUGAAAACCAAAUAGAGUCCUCUCUAAAUAUUGGGUCUGUUAUAAUCUGAUGAAGUUGGCAUUAAUUGUCAGGGCUCGACGGUGCGACCGUCUCACUUUUGCAUUUACGACUAAAAAUAGAUGUGUGUGAAUUGUAAAAUGUAUUUAGGGGGAUAUGUGUGCAUAAAAAAAUCAGCCGAGGCAACAAAUGUUUUUCAUGUAAAUACUGCGUUUACCAAAAUUUGUUUUAGGUUGGAUAUUUGACAGAUAUUCACUGCAGAGCUGGUUUCUCACUCAGCGCAGUUAAAUCUACUCUGCACCCUUGCUGUCAAUGUCGGGUGUUGAAUAAGGGACCAUCAAUAAAUUACCAGUAGAUGUUCUCAAAAAUGGCUGUUUUCUUCAACAGCUUUCAUGUCAUGUGACCAAAAGACCUAAAAUUGAUUUCAAAUAAUAGUAUUUAUGUCGACCAGUAAAGGUCCUUACACAGCGGGACUGACGCAAAUAUACGACGCGAAAUUACGAAAUAUUUGAUCACAUUAUUUGAUCAAUUUUCAUUGUGCCCCUAAAGUUCUUUGUGUGCUCCUGAGUUAAAAAAGUGAGUGUCAGGCCCUGAUUGUAAAUAUUUCAUGGGAAAAAAAGCCCAGAUAACGGACUUUAGAUCUUUUUAGUGCAAAUCUCUUAUUUUUGGAUUUUGGAUGAGCUCUUGUUGUUCAGUCACAGAGUUCCUGUAGUUGAAGAGCUCUUGAGUCACCUAUAUUUGUGGUAUUUCUGUUUGUUCAGUUACCUCUUGUGGUUUUGAUAAAUGCGCUUACUCCAGAUUUAGUGCGGGGAUCCCGGCCGUCAUGACUUUCCUCUUGUAGACAUCGGUUUCUCUCACACUAGUUUCCCCUGUGAAGCUGUGAAGUCAUCUCAGUCCAGCGGAGUGUCCCAUUUGAGGUCUGUGUCAAGUGUUAACUGUAUUGUCAGACAAACAAUAAGCUUAAAUGAUUAAAGGUGUCUUAGUCUGCGGCCUUGAUUCAAACAUGUUAAUCUGAUUCAGUCCAGUCGGCCGGCCUGCCGCAUUCCUCCUUUUCCCACGUACAUUUGUACCACAAAGGAAUUGUGGGUAACCUCUAUUAGCUCACUUUAGACCAAGCGGUGCUUACCACCUCUCUCCUGUUGUCGUUGAUGAAUCGCGAGGUAAGAAACUCUUUAAUUGAACAUUUGUAAGUACACAUCUGCAUUUAGAGCGAAGUCUUCUGGGCCCGUGUGUGUCCUCACUAUAGACCUGUUCAAUCUUUAAUUCCUCCUCUCAUCAAUAUUUCACCAAAGACUCUGUUUCUGUUUCUCUGUUGCAAUCUUUAGCACAGAGGAGAGGUCUGUGGAAGCAAUCCUGCGGACUGACUGAGUAUAUCUCUUCUUAUUUUAGCUAAAGGUUUGGUGAUUUCCUAAAAACACGAGGCUCUUAGAUUCGAGUUAAAGUCCGGACAUGUAAAGGAAAAGUUUUUAAAGGUUUAGUGAGCAUGUUUAUUUUUGUAGAAGACGUCCUGGCGCAGUGAAAAAAAUCUUGUUCAUUGUCACCGUCACCUUUAGAGCGAUGAAGUGAUGCUGAUCGUCUUCUCCUCACUUUGACAGAUUCAUUUCUGCUCCAUCGGGACAAAUCGGACUUGUAGUAAGUCCACUGUUCAGCAUGAUGUUGGACAAGUUCUUACAUCAGGUUUAUUUCAGGGUAAUAUUUUAUUAAUGGACUCACUGCAGAGUGGAGGAAUUUAUGCCAGCUUCAUUUGCUCCUCAGUUUCUGCUCGACAACAGCAGUAUUGAUGUUUGGCUGGAGUUUCUGCUCAGCUGGACAGAAACAGAGUUUGGAGAUUAAUUUGGGCUUCUGUUUGAAAACAAGAAAAUUUACUUAAACCUUUUUCAGGAUAUUUAUCCAUCCACAAGAAAAUUAAAGAAAACAGAAAUGAUUUUUUUUUUUAAUUAGAAAACUACAGUGGCUGAGAACCGUCACAACGGAAGUUAUCGAUGCAAAAAAGAAACCAGAUAAAAAGAGAACUGGUGCAGAUUUUAAAAAAAGCCACAACAGAAGUUAACAACGCAAAAAAUUGGUGAUGGAAAAAAAAAUUACUUACUGCGAAAAUAAAAGGAUGCAUCCUUCAGUUCAACUUCAUAUCGACUCAGGCGCUACAUGGCCGAACCAAAUGACACAUUGAAAAGCAUAUGAAGUGAAAUUAAACAAUCACCUUUUGUUAGAGACGUGACUCCGCCCCAUCCAGUCUGUAACAAAGAGGGAAAGACAGGUGAGGAGAUGGAGGACGGUUCAAGAGUUGGAGCAGCUGAAGUAGACGAAGUUAAUGUGGGAGGGGGUGAGCAGCUUGUGGAGUAGUUAUUGUCUGUUUAUCGUUAUCGAGGUGAACUGAUCAAUAUACCAUGAUAUUGAUUUGAGGCCAUAUCGCCCAGCCCUACUUGUUUCCGUUCUUGUCUCUGCCAUGAUGUGGAAAUAUUUCUGGAUUAAUCUCAUUCAGAGAAGUCGAGUUUAUAGCAGCUUAGUCUAGACAAAAACUGGCCCUGCUCUGGUUUCUCUUUUGUUCCGCGGGGCUCAGACUGUUUGUGCCGCAGACAGUCAAACUCAAUUCUGUCCUAAUUUUCUCUCAUGUGGCGGCGUGAAAACUGCGAGUCAGUUUGUCGUCCGGAUGUGUUCAGUAGCUGCUUUCAUCUGUUGGGACUUUGUAGCUCAGCAGAAGGAGACUCUGUAGGUGUUGAGUCUCUCUCCAGCUGACAGGAUGUACCUGACAGGCUCGGACCAGUGGGAGACAGAAUAAACACAAAGGGGGGAGGAUGAGGAUGAAGAGGAGGAGGAGGAGGAGGAGGAAGAGGAGGCGGGGCUCUCACAAAAAUCCUCUCUGCUCUUUCAGUGCACAAUCAUACUGAUGCAGAGUGAUGAGAUACAACAUGGUGAUAAAUAACAAACAGACACACAACACCAGCUUAGGUGGAAACAGUCUGAAACGUCUCGACUGUUCACCUGAAUCAUCCAGCUGGAAAUGAGCGCUGACAUUUCAGACGUUAGAAGACAAGGUGGGGUUGUCGCUAGGUGACAUGCUCACAAUAGCUUCUAACAAAAGGUUGGUAUUACUGUUAACACAACCAGCGCCUUCUACACACUGACGCCUCACACAUGCCGGCCUCUGAGAACAUAUUUUUAGGGAUGGGCAUUCGAAGCAAAAACACCACGCCGUGGUUUUUAAUGACUGUUUAGAUCGUCCCGUGACGACUUUGUAGAUAUAAGCAGAGAGAGAGAGAGAGAGAGAGAGAGAGAGAGAGAGAGAGAGAGAGAGAGGUCUGAUGACUGUGCGUAGUUAUGCCAGUUAUAUUUGAUACAUCUGUGGAUGUGAUCCAGACGUACUACUAUUACUUGGCAAAGUUUGUACUUAACCCUUUUUUCCUGGAAGUCGUUGACAGCUGCAGAAAUCAGCAGUUUUAAGGUGCAGCCCUUUAACUGUGUGUGUUUCUUUUUUGUUUGUUAUUUAGAGGCAGAAAGUGAAGUUUUUAGAGGAUCCACAACCAUCAUAUCAACAUUAACCAAAAAACUUCAGGACAUAAACUUUUAAUUUUACACCAUCAAAUGUGGUUUAAAUAUUUGAAGUUUAAAAAUCAGUCUUUCUUAUUAAAAUUACCGUAUUUUUCGCACUAUAAGGCGCACUUAAAAUCCUUCUGGAGCACUGCAGCUACCGUAGCCUCGCCGAGUUAUUGACUGAUUUGUUUGGCUUAAUACGCUUUAUAAUCCGGGUGCACCUUAUGUAUGAAAAUAAACGCUAUCUGACGACUUUUCAGAUUUUGCUGCCUACUUAGUGUUUUUUUUUCUGAAGUAAAACAAACAGCCUCUGUGUUUCUGUGUUUCUGUGAGUGAAGCAGUUGUUUGCACUAAACUGGAAAUGACUCGGGCUGAAACGUAAAGCUGCUGCUGUGUGAUUGUUGGUCAGCAUCGGUGCGAGUGAGUAAGGGAGUGAGAGAGAGAGUGAGUGAGCAGCAGCUGAGCAGAGCAGUGGGUGGGUUGUAAGGCUGCUGUCAGCCCUCACACUCAAACUGCUGGGCCAGCACCAUCCUCACUGGCACGGACUCACACCUGCUGUCACCGCUGCUGCACCAUCAGCUGCUUAGCAGUCAGGAACCCCCCCCCCCCCACAGACACACACACACACACACACACACACACACACACACACACACACACACACACACACAGUGCUGUCACGUCAUGUAAACCUUUCAAAUCAGGUCCCAGAUUUCUUCAUGGUUCUGAAACUGGUCCUCCUCUCUCUGCUGGUUUUUAGCUCGUUGUUGUGUUGUUGGCUCUGUUCAGUUUAUUUUUAUAUGUGAAGUUUUACUUUUGUUGUGGGUGGAUGUAGAAGCAGAGCCAGUCCACCCCUGUGUAAUGUUCUCUAUUUCCACUUAAACACACUUGUGUUUAUAGUUGCAACAAGCGCAGCCCUCUGUUCCUGUUCCUGUCAGGUUUAUUUUGACCCAAAGCUACAAAUUUAAAUGAUUCAGCAUUAUUUAAAUGUUUUUUUCCUCUCUUUGUAUUCCAGCUGGAAGCUCAGGGGACACGCUGUCGACGUCACUCUACCUGUCCCUCGUAGUGUCACUGACGGCGCUCGUGGCCUUGGUGGUGUUGCUGGUGAACUGUGUGACCUGCUGCAAAGAAAGAGAGAUCAACUUCAAGGUGAGAGUCCUAACCGGCAGGUAGCCGACAUGACCCAGAGUGAGGAUGAGGAUGGGUGUGAAGAUAAGUGUCUGUAUUUUUGGUUUCAGGAGUUCGAGGACCACUUUGAGGAUGAGAUUGACUUCACUCCACCAGCAGAGGACACACCCUCUAUGCAGUCCCCCGCUGAGGUCUACACCCUCGCUGUGUCUCCUGUGGCGCUUCCCGGACCCCCACACCUCCAACCUCCCGCCCGUAUCACAGGUCAGGCACAAGCAGACUGUAAACAGACUUUUAUUGUGUGUCACAAAAUGCCAGACCGAGUCUUCGCUGCCAACACACACACUUACUUAUCACACAUGAGGCAUAUAAACGUAAACGAUUAAUCAGCUUUGAUUUCUUUUUUAGGUCAAUUCUGCUCCACGUUAACCAGGUCGAAGAAAUACAAAUCUGCUUUUCCUUUAAGUGAAUCCAAAAACACGAAGUAAAAUAAAAACAUUUUUAUUUAGCAGAGAGCAAAUUUAACCCAGCAAUCAGCGCGAUCAUUACUCAGAGUCACUAUCUCACUACUUCACAGUCUAUUAAUGGCGGCUUCUUCUUUGCCAAGAUCCAUGACCCACAGAGGAGGGAGGGUGGGGGGCUGCUGCUGGGGCUCUUUGCUUAGCUGUGCAGGACCACAGCAGGGUCUCUGUUUGUAAGCAGCAGACAGACUCCGUACUCUGGCCUCGCUCUCCUGUGAUCCAGGAAAGUUGGUCCUGAAAGUCGGGUGUCAAGAUGAUGCCUCUAAAUGUCAAUUUUUUGACAUUAAAUAAAGAUUUUGCAGUAAACCAGGGGUGGGCGAUCAUGUGCUGUAGAGGGCCGAGGGGCUGCAGGUUUUCCUUCCAGGAAAGAAAACCUGCGGCCCCUCGGCCCUCCCCUGCAGCAAACGGUUGUUUCUCAUUUUUGUCUUGUGGUCCCUUUUUAUUCCAAUAGAUGUUUUUAAAACCACCACACUUAGAGGUAACACAUUUUCUUUGUGAAACUCAUCAAUGAGUUCAUAAUUAACAUAAUAAUCUGUUUUGGUUUCACAGAAGGACCCGCAGGCUUCCAGGUCGCACGCCACAGUCUGAGUUACAUCCAAGAGAUCGGCAACGGCUGGUUCGGUCAGGUGAGAUCAGUUUUCCGGUUUAUGAAAUAAAGAUUGGAAAUCUUCUGAGUGUCUUUCCCCCCCGAUCUAAGUUUGUUUUUGAAGUCUAAAGCAUUUCCACGCACAAACAGGUCCUCCUGAGUGAAAUCUACACAGAUCCAGGCGGAGCCCGGGUGGUGGUGAAGGAGUUAAAAGCUAAUGCGAGCGCCAAGGAGCAGAAUGACUUCCUGCAGCAGGGAGAUCCAUACAGGUAAAUGCAAUCCUGCCAGGAUGGUUCGAUAUUUGACCGAUUAAUAGCAGUAUUUGGAGUUGCUAAAAGGACUCUCUCUUACAGUACAGGUGGUUAAAAAUAGCCGUAUGACAUCAGUGUUAUUUCAGCAGCACCCUCUAUCUUUCUCUUGGCACACUGCAUCAGGACUUUCUCUCCUCUUCGGAUCCUUCAGAUAAUAAUUUAGAUUAAACUCUUACGGCUUGUUUACACGUCGCUUCUUGACAGACUGGAUGUUUUGUUUACACACAGAGUUCUGCAGCACCCGAACAUCCUCCAGUGCCUGGGACAAUGUGUAGAGGCCAUUCCCUUCUUACUCGUCUUUGAGUACUGUGAAAUGGUGAGUGACUAAGUCUUUCAGAGCACAAAAACUGUGAACACAAGUGACACGAAGAGGCUGAAAUGGAAAAUAAAGCUGGUGUAGAAAUGCUUUAUUAACUGUCAUUCUUCAUUCAUUGAGAAAUCUGAGAAUUAGCUCAUGUCAGCCUGUUAAGCCCACACAUUCAAAGGCCAAGACCCCUUAAAUACUGUCCAGCCAGCAUGAAUGGUUGACCUCCCUUGUUGACCAUCUGGACUGGGAGCUUACUGUCUCAGUCCCAAAUUAGCCCCCCCUCUUCAUCCUCGCAUAUUAAAGUGAGUCAGACUUCAUCACGGCAGCUGAUUUAUUCACUGUUUUUCUCUCUAUAUCCUGGGGGGGGGGGCCGGACCCUCUCUUCUGCCGGGAGCUCCCUCACCUCUCUUUCUCUCCCACCCCCCCCUUCCUCCCUCUUGCUGAAGUCGCAUAGCUCGUCUAAGCCCGGGACUUCUCACAUUCCCACCUCACCCAGUAAAGCAACAGGCUCCUUUUACGCUCCUCUGGUGUCAGCUCCACCAGUUGCUGUGUUUGUGCAUUUUUAUGGGUGGCACCUUGUGUGUGUGUGGAGAUACGGAGCAAACCGAGCCGUUCCUCAAGAACCUGCUGAGCUGCCCAGUGAUGAAUGCAGAGAUGUCGACCCGAUAUAAAAACACUGACUCGAUUCCUUUAAAGUUUGAUCGAUCCUGAUUGGAAACAUGAAUACGAACUCUGAGUUUGAGAGGCUGUGGUUUGUUGUUGGCUGGAUAGAUUCAGGGUCACCUCAAAGAAACAUGAAGUUUGAUUGUAGAAAACUGGGACCACAGAGUAUCAGCAUUUUAAUUUUACAAACGGCCAAAAAAAUUGAUUAAUCAGAGAGUGUGCGAUGUUAGCUCUGCUGACGGUGUGUCUUUCCCCCUGGGGUCUGAUCUCUUGCAUCACUUUGCCCCGCCCACGACACUAUCUGAUUAGCUCUUCGUCAUACGAUCGUACGGUGUCGCUGAACUGUAAGUUUAACUGUCAACUCCUGUAAGUGACGCUAAAGGUUUUAGGUUUUAGGUGAUCUUCCAAAUGUUAAAGUUUCUCAUUUUUACUGUCGAUGCAUAAAGGUUUCUUUCCGGGUCAAACAAAUAGAAAAGUUUCUGGUUGAAAUUUGCAUUUUCCAACACUCUGCAAACCCUAAACCCUUUUUAGUUCAUGUAGAUCGAAAUACAGGUUUGGCAAAUCGAUCGAGAAAUUGGAAAACAAACUAAUCAAAUGCAUCACAGCUAAACUGCAGAGUCAGAGGGAAUCACGAGAUGACCUAAAAUACUUGUAUGACAUUAGGGUUAACCGUCGCCAACUUUAUCAUCCCGCCUCCAACCGAGCGCGCCGUCGAUCAGGUGUCCUUCUUUGGCAGCGAGAAACGGUCUUGUGAGUGUCAGUGUGUAAAAGUGCAGAAGACGCAGGUGUGUCAGAGUGCAGCAGAAGGGUCUGCGAGAGGUCCGCCCACUUCCUGCCCGAUGCGAGGAUGGCGCUCUGCUGGCACAACCCGAGCCAUAAAAUUUUACUGCUGUUUCAGAGUAAGAAAUCAUCUGGUGGAUUUUAAUCUGCAAAACAUAUUUCAAAACAAUCUUCGCGUAACACCCCCCCACACACACACACACACACCUUUCCUCCCGUUUAUCCAACCCAGUGAGGUUUCCAGCAGGGUCCCGGUUUGGCUCACCGUCCCCAGAUUGCGUAAGUUUGUUUGGCUUGGGCAUUGUCAGCUGCUCGGGUCUGGCAUCUCUCCUGGCAUUGUGGUCUUUCCCAGCCGGCUCCGGUAACAUCUCUGACAGGGGAUGGAAAUGAGUCAAGGUGAAAGACUUAUCACACGUGUGCAGCGGCCAUUAAGGAAGAUAGUGUGAUGAUGAGCAGGUCCUGUGUGUUAAAGGUGAUAAUGUGUGAGGGAAGCAUAACUCAGACAUGUCUGUGGCGCUCAUUAUCUCCUGGCUGGGUGGAGACUUUUUAAAAGACUUUAUCCAAAUGGGACUUUGUCAGAGUCCAAGACUUUCUAAUACAUUUAAAAAUAACACCACUCAUCCGACAGCGCCUCUUUAUUUCUUCGUCAAUCAGCUCCUGGAUGUCCAAACAUGGAACAUGACACUGCAGCUGCACGGCCAACAAGACGAAUCCCAAAAAGCCAAUAUACGGUGACGUUCCCCGCGACAGCUCGGUGAUUGAUGCUGGUUUUUCCGUCCCGUAUCACCCGUGCCGGGUAACCCUGACUCAAAGCAUUUUAGACAUCAAAAUACAUCAAGCAACUGGUGCAGGGGCUACAGAAUGUCACAUACCAGAGUUUGAGUGACAGCCUCUAAUGCGUGGAUCUCCUGCCUGGUGCCCUGCCAGGACGUGAGACAGACCCCUCUCUUGUUCAGGGUCUCGGAUGUAAGCCAGCUGACGUUUUAGCUUUUGAAAGUUGUUGAUCUCCUGCAUUUAUUGUGGUUAUUGAAGCGACAGUCCUCACACAGAUGUAUCCGAGCCCUAUCAGUGAAUAAUUUGGCGUUUAUUAAGUUACACUGACCACAUUUUUUGAUGCACUUUGAUGAGUGUUUAUAUUUCGUUUUAAGCUUUUUUGGAUUUAAAAACCUGUUUCUCCAAAAGCCGCCCCCUUUCUUCAGUUCCCUGCCCUAGAUUCGGCCUACUUGCACCGUCGGGCUCGCAUGUAAAUACGCUAAAAAUAACCAUGAUAUCACCUGCUAUCAGUAGCAUGGGCAACAAGCCCGUCAAAUAUCUUGAAAAGGCUCUUUUUACAUAUCCUGAUCAUGAGGUGGCCGAGCCAGACAUAAGUUGGCACUCGCUCUCUCUCGACACAUUCUUGUUUAUUCAGGUUUCAGAUACAGGACCUUAUUGUUUUGGCUCUUUGCAGUUAACGUUGUUUCAUUAACAGCUCCGGCGUCCCCCUCCUCCCUCCUCGGAGACCCAGACCUAAUCACCUGCUGCAGAGCCUUCACAAAUAAAGACAGGCAGAGUGGUGUCACUUACCAUACAUUGCAUUUAGCUCUUCUCUGAAGGCCGCUUCUCAGAGCCGUGUCUGUUUUUGUGCGGCGCUUUCUCAAUGCGUUUGUAUUCCUGUGUUUGUGUGUGUGCAGGGGUGAACAUGGCUGCAGCAAACCCGGUUGCUUAUGUAAGAUGAUAGAUGUAAGCAGCGCUGUAGUGAGAUCGCUCGGGGAAAAAGAAACCCUUUGUAAACACACAGACGGACAGACACAGUGAUUUGCAUGCUCAGUAACUGCAUGUGAGUUGACAUUUUUCACAAAAGGGCCUGAUAUUAUGGGAGUGUGUGUGUAUAUUAGAGUGUGUAUAUGUGUGUGUACAGUGUGUUCUUAAUAGCUCAUUCCUCAGGGGGACCCUCCGUUCUGCUGGCUAAUCAGGAAUCCCCUUCCCCUCCGACACUGUUGUGGACUCUGAACGUAAAAUGCUUCAAAAGCAAUUUGUUUUCACUUUUCGCCUGUCAGCGAAAUCUCGAUAUAGAAAAAGAGUUUGUACAAAGAGUCGUAGGAUAACAGGAAAGCUCUGAGUACAGUAUGAGUUCCUGCUCUUUUGUCCGUUUUGUUGUUGACCCUUCAGAGUCCCUCAGGACCCAUCCACAGACACCCCUGAUCUGAUCGAAGGAUAGUCCAUCGAUCAGGUUCCCCGUCUCAUACAGUAAUCGCUCGGUCACAUUGGCGACAUGUGAUAAGUUUGACUUAAUCAUAAAACCUGCGUGUUAAACCUUUUAUAAGAGCACUAUAUGGGGCAAUCCCCUCCCCUGCUUCCUCACGGGAUACCGUCCUCCCUCCAUCCCUCGACUCUUGAUGAGCUCAGAAACUCGGUGGGAUGCAGACACGGUUGAUUUCACUGACCUGAGCUGGACUCUUUUAUUUAUAAAUCUCUGUGACACAGCAUAGAGGUCCACCAAACAGCGUUACCCUUAUUUGGUCCUCUCGCACAUCAGCAGGGAGAAGUGCUGAGGAGACAGGAACAGGAGAAUCUGCCGCCCCCGUGUGGCCAUUCCUGCACAGUGCACCCCCACUACUCAAUGAUUUUUCUCUUGAUUUAUUGAAUGUUUAUUCUUGAUGUGGUGUCGAUGUGCUUCAACAUGUGUAUGUCCGUGCGUGUGUGUGUUUGCAGGGGGAUCUGCGGGGCUACCUGUCCCAGCAGGACUGGGUGUUCAGAAACGCUGAGUUGUUGCAGCUGCAGAGGAUGGCCUGCGAGAUCGCCGCCGGUGUCACUCACCUUCACAAACACAACUUCCUGCACAGGUAGCACUUCAGAAACGCAACACUGAUGCAAGCACAACUUUACAGUAGACUCACAACCUCGAGACACAGGUGCAUCAAACACCAAAUCAAAAAGGCUUCCUUUAACAGUGUCAGUUUCUUUUAUUUUACCUACAUUAAAUAAUCAGACUGCUCAACAAAACUGCUGUUAUUCAUGAGCUGUAAUUAAUUUGAAUUUGUGCAAAUUUCUGCAGAAAUUUCACACAUUGAACUCCCUAAUUUUCGCACCUUAAUACCAGAUCUUUCCUUUUAUAUCUUUUCUACAAACUAAAUGCACAUGAAAACUUCUUCCCAAAGUUUUGAGAUGAGGAUCUGCCUGUUUUAUGAUGACGUUUCAUGAUUAAUGCAUCCCAAUUCAUCCGGACGUGUAAUGUGACUUGUCAAAUAUGGGGUCACAAGCCUCGUAAACCAUGAUUGUAAAGACUUAGGUCAACAGUUAGUUUUACUUUAGUGCUUACUGUCCACCCGGUCUCAGGAGUGCCAGUGUUCUCCAAAAAAGGUUUGUACAGCAGAGAGGCUGCAUUUCAUUUUCAUUUUUACCCCGCUGAGCGCUCGAUGUCUGGCUGCAGGGCACAGGGGUUGUCGGGAACGCGUGGCUCGGGGGUAACAUACGAUGCUCCGCUCAUCAGCUCUAUUUUGCAUGCUCAGAAUAAGCUCAGAGGGUUCCAAUUACACAGCUCGCAUGCAUUGCUACAGUGUCAGCUGUCCACUGCCAGAGGGAUAUGAUGAUUCUGCUCUUUGGGUGUAAAAGGAUAGCCCAAUAUUGGGAGUUGUGUUUUAAUCCUUGUUACAACUUAAUGGGACUUCUACAAGCUUUUCUCCAUGUGAACUAAUUCAACUUCCUGUUUUAAAAAUAUUUAUGCUGCGCUGAAGCUCAGAGCUACAAAAAGUAAAAAAAAGAAAAAGAAAAUCUGACGCGAAUUCAGCGAUUCUGGACGCAGUCAGACACAGACACAAUUGGACAAGAACUUUAAUUGGCUGCGAUGCGCCGACACAGACACAAACCCCCCCAGAGCGAGUGCUGUGUGGGCCGAUACCAACAGCUGAGAUCACAGUGGAAGUGAGCGGUGGGAAAACCGCAGAAGGAGGUUUCCGUCAGACUGCAGAUCAGGACGUCAGUCUGAGUAAUUUCUUUUUUUAGUUCCUCUUUUAGGAUAAAAAGCUUUUCAACUGUUUCAUCCUCUUCAGUCAUUAAUUCACGUGUAUUUUAAUUAUAUUUAAAAGUCACUUUAGGAGACGUUUUCACCAGUUUGAUUUUGACUCGAAUUUAAUCAAAGUUCAAAAGGUUGAUUAUAUAAGGGGCCUCCAGUUGAACUAAACUGUUGAAUUGCACGCCCAUCUACAGAGUUGCAGGCCGCCCCGCUUCAAAUCCAACCUGUGACCCCCCAUCUGUUUGCCUCUUCCCCACUCCCUCAUCUCAGUUUUCUUCUCUAUCCAGCGUCCGAUCUGAAAAUCUGCUACAGGACAGUAUCGAACAGAGAUUUCUAUUAUCUCCAGGUUAUGCUGUCUACAAUCUGAAACUGCAGCUGCGCUCCCAGAUGAAAUUCAGAAGGUGUCUGCAGAUAUCACAGCUAACUCCACUGCUGUCCCAUAUUUAAGGGCUGAUCAUUGCCCUGCCUUGUAUUAGCCUUGUAGGGUUAAGAUACUGGACCCAUUUCACACUGCUGUGUUACUGUAUAUUGGGCCCUCAGCCAGACGCCGCAGACAGGGAGUCUAAAAUAAAUCUCCAUUUAUCUUACAGAGGUUUCAGUGGCUCUGACAGUAGCCGGGCCGUGUACACACAAAACACCGGUGUCAGCAGUGUUUGUCGUUAGGCGGGUAAAGGGGACAUGGGUCUUAAGCUCAGGGAAAGCCGCAGGGCCGACAAGAAACCAAAGCCCGCCACUUCAGUCACUGAAAAUGAUCCACCAUCUGUCUGUCUCCAUGUGGAGCGAGGACUUGUGCUCUUACGCCCUCUACUGGCAGCCUCGCCGAAGCUGCGUCUCCUGAAACGUUAUCCUGCUGCUGUGCGCCGCAGUCAGGAAUAGCCCCUGAAUGAGUCUUGUUGUGAGGAGCAGAGGCAAAUAACUAAAGAACUUCCUAUAGUUGAUGAAGUCACUCAGGAUCCCUGCCUGACCUCCUUGGCGUUGAUUCUUAAGGGGCCGUUUUGUCGUCGGAGAGCAGACGGUAGAUCUCUCCUUGGCAUCGAUUUUGUGGUCACUUCACCUUGGUCUUUACAUUUAUCUAAAAGGAUGAAGACGACCACAAACUGGGGCGAAAAGAUGAAUAUUUUCAGUCCUGUGUGCACCAAAGUUUGCCUCAUACUGUCCUCAUAAUCAGUGAAUGUUUCCAUCAUUAUAAACCUGUAAUAAACAAAUCUCUUCAUUCUCUCUCUUUGCUCUCGUAGUGAUCUCGCUCUGAGGAACUGCUACCUGACUGCAGACCUUACAGUCAAAGUGGGGGAUUAUGGGAUUGGACCCUACAGAUACAAAGUAAGCAUCAUAACCCUCACAUAACAGACACAGUUCAGACUUUGAUUACUCAGAGAAUUGCCGCUUUCUUAGUACCUUUAAAAAGUCGCUUGAAGCAGAGACUAGGUCCUGUAUAUUUGUGUGACACGCUGCUGCUGUUCCAAAGGAGGACACAGUUCAUCAAAGUUUUCAGAGCUUUAAUAUCGGAAAAAAAAAAACGCUUCCACAAUCGCCAAUGAUUACACGUGUACAUCUGAUGUAGUAUGUGCACACUCUGCAAUGUGUAUCAUAGCAAACAAAGAAAAUAUAGUGUGGUCAACAAAAAUUACAGCUACCUAGGCUCACCUCUCCACCACAGUGCAGGUAGGACCGCCCCUUAUAUAACUCACCGGCUUUCAAACUCAGUGCCCAUGUGACCCAAACCCAGCGAAACCAAUAGCAAUAAGACAAAAGUAAUUGAACACAGGAUAACCGAUAAGCAAAGCAACAUUAUGGCUCCAAGAUACUGCAAAUAAAGCCUGAGUGACAAUAUUUAAGGUUACUUCUCAUAAACCAUCAAUUUUUCCUGCUCCUGGACCACUAAUCCACUAUUUCGAUCCACAGAAAGGGGGAUCAAGGACCCAGAGAAAAUCCAGACUCAUGUCCUGAUAUGGUGGUCCUUAUUAACCCUUAUAGACAGAAACAAAAGCAGGUCAAAGCAGCACUCUGGAUACCUUGUCCCUCUAAAGUUAACAUCAUCUGGGGUCUUUGUAGAGGUAGAGAAGUUUGUACCUUUAAGACGUCUCUCUGUUUGUCACAUUUUAAUAAAGAUCUCGCAGCUCAAAGCUGUUCAAUCGUCCAAACUCGACAAACAAUUCCCCCCUAAGAUGGCUGAGAACCUCUCCAUAUUUUUGCAACAGCUGAACUGAAGCCACUGUCGACGUCUAUCUUUGACGUCCGGCCCUUGGUGACCUGGCAGGAUUUAGACCUUUUUUAUUUGCCGUGGGUCGUGCAGGUGUUUGCAUUUGAUUGAUUCCAUAUUUCACUGAACAAUUCAAACCGUCCUCUGUCUGUAACCUGACGCUCUGCAUAUGUCCCGCGGCGGUUCUGUCUCCUGCAUUCCCUAAAUACUGCUGAUCUGUCAGUUUGGCUGUCUGAAUUUAAUACUCGUAAGAUAAGGUCACCCAGGGAGUCUAUUUCUGUGAAGAAAGGGAGAGGCUGCGAGGGUGCGCUGCCUCGGUGAGCGCUAACACACAGUUGUAAUACUCCUACUUAUUAAAGAGUGAAUUUUGAUGAGGCGGUGUUCACACAAAUCCCCUCUGAGUUUCCUAGAAAGCCGCAGAUUCUGAGAGUUGUGAAUACCCCCCCACUCAAGCUGUGACUGUUUUGUUUUUUCGCCCUGUUAUUAUAGGAGGAUUACAUCAUCACAGAGGAAGAUGUGUUCGCACCGCUUCGCUGGUUGGCUCCUGAGCUGGUGGGCGAGCGACACGGGGGUGUGAUUACGAUGGAGCCAACCAAGCCCAGCAAUGUGUGGUAGGUCCUCUUUUACAGCUCUUCACUACACUAGAGGACACCAGAGGACAGUUUUGAAAAGGCACAUAAAUCACGAUGCCAGCGAGUGGACCGUGACCUCAUCCAAAUGUGUUUUUAAUGACUCUGCUGAAUGGAGGGUAUGUGUGAAAAAACUUCACACACUCAUGAAGAGGUGAGGGAUCUACAGAGAGGUAAAAUGAAGGGACGGUCAGGUCUGUUUAUUCUCUGAAAUCAGAGUUUCAGAGUCGUGAAGCCAUGUGUCCUUUAAGUUAAUAUCACAGGACUGUGUAGUCUUUGUUUAUCUUGUCCCCUGAAUGAAGGUUGAAGCCAGCAGUUGGGAUGGACAAUAACGGUGAAAGUCUAAUAAAGUCCCGAUAAAACAUAUUAUAAUUCCAGUCUACAUUUUUAACUCAUUAUGUCUUGAGAACACCCGUUGGAGUAGUCAAAUAAGAAACUUGACCACAUGUUUGAGUGGUUGGUUAUGGAGAAAACUCCUGACAUCAAACAAGUCUCAAUAACAUUUUCAACAUUUGUUGAAAACUCUAAUCGCACAGAGCAAACAGCAGCAGAUCAACUGUCUGAUGUCAGGCAUACCUGACUGCGCUAAUCUAAACCUCGAUCUUAAAGGAAAUCCCUCAUGUGGAUCCUCGUUCAGCGAUAAGCUGCUCAGAAACGUCUUCUUCAUUACCUUUAUGGAGGAUUUAUCUGACUGAUUUGAUAUAUCCUGAACAGUAAUUUAUCGCCCAUCCCUAGCCAGCAGGAUGACUCUUAACAGAAAAUGACAGAAGUGGAAAUCACAAAAACAGGCCAAAAUUAAAAAUGUCUUCUCACUGACAGUCUUGGAUAUCAUUAAAAGGCAUCGAUAUGAAUUUUAGUUUAUUUAACAUAUGCUUAAAAAACUCCACACAGGAGCUUUAAUGUUUGAAAUAGUACAGUAGUUUCCUCCAGACUUUAGUUUGUGGAGUUUCUCAGCUUCUUAAUCAUGUCCAUGUAAAUGUGUGUUAACCUGAUUUCUGUCCACAUGUUGAUUUUCACGGAUCACAGGGUGUUUGGUUAACUGUACGGAUCAGUUGUUACUAAUUCAGGCAGAGAUUUAUCUUUCUGUCUGGAGGUAGGAUGUUUGUUUGAAGUUUUGCCACUUUGCCAACUGAGGGGGCGUAUCCCGCUUAAUUACCCUCGAUUAACAAAGGAGAAAUACUGAUGUGAAUAUUUCCUCUGUAAUUUGAUAACUUGAUGCCUUAUUUUGAUUAAAACAGUCCACUUUGACUUACAUGUCAACAUAAAACCAAACGGGGAAUGUGUUUAUGUUACAGUACACCUGUUGCUCUUUGCAGAGAAGUGAGGCUUCUUCUGCUUAUUUCAGAAUCACCAAUAAACUGAUGCUGCAACCACUUAAUUAUGGAGGUGACACAAAUGACAUGAGCCGACAUGCCCUAAAGAUUGUAAAUAGAAAUGCCAGAAAUGUUUCCCACAAGUGCAAAGUCUUCUCAUUAGGAUCUUACCUCUUUAUGGAUCCUGAGGUUCGUCUCCGGUCGUUGUGGGUCGCUGUAAAUUCUUAACGUCCCACCUGAGGAAGGUUUAUGAUAAAGAGUCAGGUGGUUGAGGCCCUUUUCUAAACUGGUCAUGUACUCGACGUCUUUUGUCCCGCAGCAGUAAAUUCCAACCGCUCUUUUACUCUCAAAUGUCCGCAGGGCCUUGGGAGUCACAUUGUGGGAGCUCUUUGAGAACGCCGCCCAGCCGUACCCACAUCUGUCCGACCGGGAGGUCCUCAAUCAUGUGAUCAAGGACCAACAAGUCAAACUCUUUAAGCCACAGCUGGAGCUCCCCUAUUCAGACAGAUGGUGAGUCUUUCUAAAAUGUUUAAUAUCACAAAUUAUAGUUUUUCUAAGUGUUCAAAUCAUUCAUUAUGCGUCUAUCAACUAUCUGCAGGUACGAGGUUCUGCAGUUCUGCUGGCUGUCUCCAGACAAGCGGGCCACAGCAGAGGAAGUCCACCGUCUGCUCACCUACCUGCGCAUGCAAGGCCAGAAGGACAUAGAGGAAGAUUUCGAGCAGCGCUGGGACGCCCUCAAGCCCAAUCCCUCCACGCGCCAGACCACCGUCAGCCACUCCUCCUUCCCUAUCUUGGAACAGUUUGCCGAUGACGCCCUGAGGCAGGAGAUUGACGAAGUCCUCACAGUGACUGAAACAAGCAAAGGUCUCAGCUUUGAGUAUGUUUGGGAGGCGGCCAAACAUGACCACUAUGAAGGAAACCACGCACGCUCAGGCAUGGACACAACGCUCAACUAUCACAGCAUGUUCUUCCCUGUUUCCAGAGAGGACAUCCAGGCACAUUUCCCCGACCCUGUGGCCCGAGCAGAGAGCACAGAGGGUGGGAACACUCCUUCAGGAAUCCCUGGGGUUGUACAAGUGUUUGAUGCACAGCAGCCUUCAAAUGGGAAUGAAUAUUACAUACAACUAGAAGAACAAGGGGAGAGUACAGUUGGGGGUGAGGGCAACAGAGGGCAAGACCUGGACUUCAGUUCAGGCCGGCAAGACUUUGUCGUUCUUCAAGAUGUACGUUUGGACGAGUCCAGCACUGAUGCAGAUUUUUUCCACCAAAGUAUUGACUCCAAGGACUCUUACUUACCGGACAGCCACAUCUGGUCGUCUCUUGAAAACGACAGCCCAUACCACACCAACAUUUUCACCGACGGGGGGUCCAAGCAGGAGGACUCUCCUUCCUGGGGACAGAGUUUUAUGGAGCUCCCCCAGCGUAACGGGAAUCCUUUCCAUGAAGCUGCAUCUUCAGAAGGCCGGCUGGUGGAUACAGAUCAGAACUACGGGGACUCUUUUUUAGGGGGUAGUUCAGAAGCCGCUCACCCUGUGGAGGGGGAGAAAAACGCAGAUGUGAUGAGGCUUCUGGACGCCGAUAAACUCAGUGAAAACUUUAUGUUUCUCAAAGAACGGAACCUGAUGAAAGGCGGGUCCAGUUUCUCAAGUCCACGUGAGAACUUUCUUUUACCUGGCAUCUCUCAUGAACCGGAAGAAUCAUUCAAAAUGCGUUCAUGGGACAACCUUGAGUGUUUAGGCAGCUUAACGAUACCGGACACUUAUUUAAAACCUGCAACAAGUAGCACAUCCUCACAACAGGAACUUUUAGACUCCCCGAGUCCUAGCUUAGGGGAGUCUGCUCAGUCUCCGGUAGGAAAUCAAACACUGGUGCCUUCCAUUACCUUGGUCACUGAAGAUAACACAAGCAUCCAGCUGCCGGUUACAAACAGUUCUUCCACUGAAGACCUUGGCCUCCUGCAAUCCUCGGAAAGAGGUCUAGACUCUGGGUUUGACUCUACCUCAGAGAGGUUUGAGGUAACUAUCAGUCAGAGUGAUUUUCACACUCCCGCGUUCUCUGAAAGUGCCACUACAGACUCAUUGUGCACAGAUGCCAAAAUCCCCAGCCUUGAAGACGACCUCGGAACCUCGGAGGAUCAUCCUCAGCCCUCAGAGAGUGAAAUCUGUGAAACCCUGGAGGUCCCAGCACUGCCUGCAGACGGCGGACACAACGAAGACCUGACGAGUAACGACCUGACGAGUAACGACCUGUUGAGCGAACUCAUCGAGGAUGCAGAUAUAGAGCUGGAGACCACUCUUUCUGACCAUGAAGAAUCCUUUAUGGACACUAACGGGCGUCCUCUUGUCAGGUCCUCCCUGCUGGUAUCUGGACCAUCUUUGGACCAGAUCAGCCAGGAUAGCUUAUUAGAAGACAGCAUGUCCACCACCCUACCCACUAUAGAAAACUCAGCUGAGACACCGGACUCUUUAGACUCCCUAGACAUCCACCGGUUAGCCGAACAAGGAGAUGAAUUAAUUGCUCCAAUAGCUCAACACAAACUACAGCCUCCGUACAAAAUAUCCGACAGCGGGUACGAGACGGAGAACCUGGAGUCUCCUGAGUGGAACUCUCAGCCAAACGUCAAAGAACAGUCCCCCGUGAAAAAUGGCCUGAGUGUCGCCAAAGAGGAGGAGGAGGAGACGGAGGAGGAGGCGGCGUCUGCAACAAUCCUGGUCCCACCAGCGAUCGUCAUCUCUGAGGUAGAAGGCGUGUUGGAUGCUGAUGAUAAUGAUGAUCGCAGUGAGGACCAACAACCAGAGCACGCCGCUCCUGCUGAGGAACCGCUCAUGGGGAGUAAUUACAGGGACUCCGCCUACUUCUCUGACAACGAAUCCGAGCCUGAGAAAAAGUCAGAGGAAGCGAUCGCAGAAGGUUCCGGUGAAGCUACAUGGCUGAGGAACUCAACGGACCCAGUCAGCGAGGCUGCAGCUGUGGAUGCACAUGUGGAGAAAGAUAUCGACGCUUUGUUUUCACAGGGAGAGUCUUCGACUUCUGCUGAGGCGCUGGUCAACGGACAACAACCAGAAAAUCACACUGAGGGUGUUUUACCAGAGGAGGAUUCAGAUCUCACCGAGAAACGUGAGACCAAGGCAACAGAGUCCAUCAAGAAUCAAACUGAAAAUGGAAACAAGCCUGAAGUUUUAACGGACGUCACAGCACCACCAGAACCAGAACCAUCAGAAGAUUUAGAAACCUUGUCUCCACCCCCCUCUGCGGCCCCAUCAAACGCCGUCCACGCCAAACUAACUAGGACCUACGCGAGCGAAGGUCACAAGAUAAAAGAGCCAGACAUGGAGGGCCGGUAUCUGGGGAGGCGGGACGGCUCCGCUCUAGACGGCCAGGAGGAUGGCGUGGAUGCGGACGAGGAGGACGAGAACAGCGAUGACUCCGAUGAUGACAUGCGUGCGUACCGGCUCCACAGCUCCAGCUCGGACAGCGAGGACGACACCGUUCACCCCGUUCCUGUCAUCAUCUCAGACGACAGCAGCGCAAAGAACCUGAAGAGCUUACUGAAGCCCACCACGCUGAACAUCGAGGCGUCCUCUUCUCCGUUUCCUGCGAGGUUCAACGCAGAUAACUCCAGGAGGGCAGUGUCCUUCUUCGAUGAUGUCACUGUCUACCUGUUCGACCAGGUAAAGAAUUACGAAUAUGAAUACGUCAUCGUUUUAUCAUGAGAGUCGCUGUAUUUAAAGUUGGUAUGUUUUAUUUAAACUCCACCACCUUGUUGCCCUUUAGGAGACCCCCACCAAGGAACUGGGCGACCACUCCUCCGGCUCCAACAGUCAGGCUCCAGAGCUCAGCAGCCCCGUGUCCACAUCCAGCUACCUGAACCGCUUCACCAACUCUGAAAGCUCCACCGAUGAAGAAGGUCAAACCAGAACUUCUAAACAUCUAAACUUGAACCUUUGUUGAACGUCAUUAUUGGGAUAAGUGUCUGACUCACUCACAUUAAACUCCCCACAGGUGGAGGUUUCGAGUGGGACGAUGACUUCUCCUCCCCUGCGCCCGCCUUCCUGCCCAAGUCGGACAAAGACCCCGUCUCAAAAACCAUGUCCUCAUCUGCAGCUUCACGCUUCGCCUCUCCGCCCAGCACGGUGCUGGAGCCCAGCUGGACCAGCUCCUCAAACUAUUCCCGCUUCUCCAUCUCACCGGCCAGCAUCGCCAGCUUCUCACUCACACAUCUGACCGACUCUGACAUCGAACAAGGAGGUGAGGAAGCACGAAAUAGUUCUGCAUUUAAUUAGAUGUUUUGCAUAGAAAAUAAGAGACAGUAUGUUUAUGUUCAACUAUGAUAAAAAAAAAGGGUUUCUAAGUCCAUAUUAAGAAUGUAGAGGGAGGAGGAACCUCUGGUCUUGUGAAAUUAAGUUCUAAAAGCUGCAGUUCCUCAAAUAUCCACUUGAGGCUGAUUGCAAAAGCCCCAAGCUACCUGAACCGCUUCACCAACUCUGAAAGCUCCACCGAUGAAGAAGGUCAAACCAGAACUUCUAAACAUCUAAACUUGAACCUUUUUUAUUUUGAGAAAUUCUUGAUUCAAACUGCUUUAAAAGAGAAAUUUUGCUGUUUACUUAAUGUGUAAUUAAAGAUAUUACUAUAAUAGAUAUUUGCUCCAUUGGCCUCAUGAUAGGAUAAAACAAUCGCCCAGCACGGUGCUGGAGCCCAGCUGGAACAGCUCCUCAAACUAUUCCCGCUUCUCCAUCUCACCGGCCAGCAUCGCCAGCUUCUCACUCACACAUCUGACCGACUCUGACAUCGAACAAGGAGGUGAGAAAGCAUGAAAAAGUUCUGCAUUUAAUUAAACUUUUUAGCACAGAAUAUGAGAGACAGUAUGUUCAACUACAAUAAAAAAGAAGAAUGUAGAAUGUAGAGGGAUACAUGUCAGCCUGAGGAUGUUCUUCAGACCAUUAUGUUCCCAGAAAACUGGUCUGCAGUCAGUUGCCACCAAAUAGGAACCUCUGGUCUUGUGAAAUUAAUUGCUUAAAGCUGCAGUUCCUCAAAUGUCCACUUGAGGCUGACUGCAAAAGCCCCAAAAGCCACAUACACACUCACUCUGAAAUCAGUCUUUACCGCAGAAAUAAACAUGUUUGCAGCUCCUUCCUUUAGACCGACUGAAACUGGGACUAAAUCUAUGUUUUGCACAUGUGGACGACAGCAAUGUGAAUUUAUUUUUCACUUACAAGGAAACAUCUAAAACGGUUACCCAUUUUUUUAACAUCAGACAAAUCUUCCAAAAAUUGUUUUCUCCAAAAUCUUGUUUUCAUUUUGAGAAAUUUGUGAUUCAAACUGCUUAAAAAAAAGAAACUUUGCUGUUUAUUUAAUGUCUAAUUUAAGAUGUUACUAUAGUAGAUAUUUGCUCUAUUGGCCUCAUGAUAGGAUGAAACAGUCAUGACUGUUCGGUACUCAAAGAUAACUCGACAGCGUGUUUUGAUUCUCGUUCUUUACUGUCCCUCUCAGGAAGCAGCGAGGACGGAGAGAAGGACUAAAGCAACAGAAGGAAGGACUCAUUUCCAUCACGCCAUCGAAAAUACGAUCUUAACUCGCACUUUGUGGGAAACGGCUAAAAACGAACAGAUGAGGCGGUUAGUAGGGCGAACCACGGAUGCUCCUCUCAGGCAGAUCAGUACCUUUACCUACACGGAGAUGACCACGAGAAAAAAAAUGGCUGUAAACUGACAAAAUCAUGAACAGUCGUCUGCCUUUUUCUUUUAUUUUUUUUACUUUGUGUGUCAAACUUCAUGAACCUGUUCAAGCGGCAUUUUCCUCCCGGUCUGGUUGCUGUCUUUUCAUUCUUGUAUAGUUUCAUUUUCAGGCUGAACAUCGUCUCGGCGGCUGUACAGGAUGUGCUGGGGAUGUGUAUGUUUCUGUUUCCUAAGCUUCAGACUCGUGUACAGCUAUAAAAACAGGAUUAUUCCAGCUGUAGUUGAUACAGUUACUGUGUGAUUCUCUCUCCUCUUAAAGCUGAUGAACAAACUCGACUCCAUCCCCUCAGCCCCACACAGAAGAAGGCACUGUACAGUAUCUUGGACAAUGUUAACCUCUGUUUGAAACCAGCAGCCUGUGCUUCAGUUAAACUUGAACGAUUAUUUAAGGAGAUCUUGUUUUAUUUGACUACAGUAUACAUUUGCUUAAUCUUGCACAUUUGAGAAAUGUAACUUAAUGUUGAACUGUACUGAUGUAUGUAAAUGUUAAUUUUUUUUUUUCUGUCUGUAAAUUGGGAAAUGAUGUAACUAGGUAUGAGGUUUCAUUUUGUAACUUAAGGUUGAGUUGAUCAGAGGAACAUAUCACCGUCAUCGGCUGAAAACAGUUAAAUUAAGACACAAAAGGAGAUGUGAAUUCAUUCUGUCCUUAAAAAAACUUGUAGAUUUUAAAAAUAUUUUUACGUCAUAUUUAUCAUGCUUAGUGUAAUUGAAUGAAAUGUUUAUAAUUACACUGUUUAAUAUGAAAAUAAAUGCAAAUGAACUUCUAA